CAGACGCAGACGCUAGCAGACGGUGCUUGCGAGCGGUUGUAAUACGAAUAACGGUGAAGCUAUAGUACCAAUUGCGCGCGUAACGGAAUACGAAUACGGAAUACGGAGCAGUGUAAAAGCGCAACAGCGCCUCCGAAAUAGCGUAAAUGAAAAGUAAUACACGCAGUGCUCAAUGAAUGAGAAUGAGACGCAGUCGACAGGACCCAAAAAGACGAUGUUGAUUGAGUGCAUUUCGCGUGACAUUCCCUGAAAGAUACUUCAGAAGCGCCUAGAUAUAAUUAUAAGGAUAAAAGGCUAUCAAAAAUAAUAGCUAUAAUAGUGUAUAGGGAGGCAGGCAGCAUCCACAAAUGAACUUCAAUCCGGCCAGCGUUGUAGCCGCCGCAGCAGCAGCCGCCCAUCAGCAUCCCACAGUGCAUCAUCAUCAUCAUCAUCAUCCUUAUUUAAGCCACCAUCAGCAUCAGCAGCAGCAACAUCAGCAGCAGCAGCAACAGCAACAGUUGCUGAUACCACUGCCCGGCGGUGCUGGAGGCGGAGGUAGCAUCCCAGCGGGCGGUGGCGGUGGCAGCGGCGGUGACACCUCACCCAAGAUCAUGGAGUGGACCAAUGACGAUGCUUUGGAACUGAUUGAACAGUAUCGCUGCCAUACGGAACUAUGGAAUCGCGCCGAUCCCAAGUACAAGGAUAAACUAUGUCGCUUCCGUGCCUGGUCAGAGAUCGCCGAGCGUUUUGGCUGCAGCAAGGCGGAGGUCGAGCGGAAGAUGAAUGUGCUCUUAACCCAAUAUCGGCGGGAGAAGCACAAGAUGUUCGUGAAGAUCUAUCAGGGCAUUCAGCCCAAUCCGUCCAAAUGGUAUGCCUUUAAGCGUUUCGAUUUCAUGGAAGCCGGCGGCGGAAGUCUCAGUGGCGGUGGAGGUGGUGGUGCUGGUGGUGGUGGUGUGCCAGGUGUUAAUGCCACCGGUGGCAGUAAUCUGGUGCCCAAUCCUGUCUCCUCAUCGGCAGCCGCUGCCGCUCAUAACGGGUUAAAUGGACUCGCAGCAGCCGCUGUGGCAGCAGCGGCCUACGAGAGUGGCACCAUUGCGGCGGCGGGCAACGGCGGUGGUGCAGCAAAUGUGGGUGGCGGAGGUGGCAACGGAUCACAGCCCGGCAUGCAGCACAGACGCAUCAAGACCAAAGAGAUGAAAUAUUUUGGAACGAUGGGCCUCAAUAUCCCCAUGCUGAUAGCAAGCAGUCAGACGCUGGACAGCUGGAAUACGGCGGGUCAGUAUUCGCCGCCGAUAUCGGGUUCCGGUGGCGGCGGAUCCGAUCGCGGAGGAAGUGGACCCCCGCCCCAGCAGCUCCGAGUGCCCCUGCCCAUGAGCUAUCAUGGUGUGGGUGGUGGUGGAGGAGGAGGAGGUGGCAGCAGUUCCAGCGAUUUCCAGCAGAGUCCGCUGAAAACUAUGGACACAUCGGAUAAUGAGGAUAAUAAUAACACAAAGGAGGAUGUGGCAGCGGCAGCGGCCUUGGGCCAAUUGGCGGCCAAAGUGGAGCGACGAUCGCCGGCAAGCGGUGGUCCUGGCUCCGGACCUGGCGGCGGAGGCGGUGGCAGUAUUGGAGGAGUCGGAGGAGGAGGCGGCGGCGGCGGCGGCGGCGGCGGCUCUAGCAGUCGAGAGGCGAAUGAUCCACCCAGCGAUCCCUUGCGUUCCGAGAGGACUCUCAGCGAAGCUGGCAGCAGUCCCAUACCCAACACCAAUAUGCAUGAGGCGCACAAGAAUCACCUGCUUAAUAGUCCAGCCAGUGGCGGUGGAAGAGCUGUCACACCCAGGCAGGCCCAUGAGCAGCUGCAUCAUCAUCCACACCCGCACCAGCACCAUCUGCAGCAACAGCAGCAACACCAGCAGCAGCAGCAACAUGUCCCGCAGUUACAUGGCCAUGGCCAUGAUGAUCUGGACAUUAAGCAAGAGCUGGUGGAUUACUUCCAUGGUCAGGCUACUGGGGGUGUAGCUGCACCACCACCGCCACCGGAAUCCCAUCGCUCAUACAGUUCGGCGGGUGAGGAGAGUCGCCUGCAACUGGUGGACAUGGCCCAGGAUCUGAGGGUGGCUCAGGCCAAGGCCAAUUUUGGUGCCUUUGUGCUGCCACCGCAGAAUAGUGAUGCAAGUCAAACACCUGCCGUUGUUAUGCCACUCAAUAUGCGAAAAUUAACCAAUUCCUCGAGUGCAGCAGCUGCAGCGGCAGCGGGUCAUAUGCUAAUGAGCUCCCUGCUUGGCUCCCGGGAGAGUAUGUCCGAUGGCGAGGAACCCGAUCCGGAUAAUGAUGAGGCCACCGAAUCAGCGGCCAGUCCGGGACACAUCAAGAGCAGCGUUUCCGCCCAAGCGGCUGUGGCAGCCUCCGCUUUCUAUGCCGAAUCCCUGAAUCGUGAUGAUUGUGACUUUAUCGGUUCGAAUGUGUCCCUCAAGCUGAGGACCAUGGAUCGCACGCAACGGAUCAUUGCCGAGAAGCUGAUCAGUGAGGUGCUCUACUAUGGACAGUUUAAUGAGCUGGAACGUUCGGCCAGGAUACAGCCCAAGUGACAGUGGCGCCUCAAGAAGUGGACGACGACAACGACAACGACUACAACGGGUGCGGGAAUGGCAAUGGGCAUGGGCAUGGAAAUGGGAAUGGGCACAGGACUCGGUUUGGGCUUUGGUAUGGGUUUAAGCAAAAUCCGUCUGGCCGCACAGCAUGGCAAAUGAAGGUGAUGCAGGGAGAUGCAAUCCAAUUCCAUUUGAAAAUAGUCAAUACACAGAGAGAAAAAUAGCGAAGAGAGAACAGAAACAGAAACCA